GCUCAAAGGUAUCAUUUCUUUCUUUCCAACACCCAGAAUCCAUAAAACAUCACCACUGAAUAUCGUAUCCCAAGUAAUUCUUGCACCCUCCUUCGCCCUUCCCCUAGAUCCCAAAACCUAGACAUCUACUCACUCCAUACGACCAAUUUCCUCCCACUAACCCCGUCUUCAACCUAUCAAACACCCUCUGCGAGCCCUAAUACCUCCGUCUACAACCUCAACCGGAGGAGAAUGCACCGGUUAUUUCUCUUCGAAGCAUCGGUCAGUACUCACUCACUAAGCAACCACCCAUCCAUAUCCUGCGCAUCAGUGCCUAGAUGAACAACUUACCAUGAUCAAAAAAACAGUACCUUCGACAUUUGCACAUUCUCCUGACCACGGAAGGGUUAGGAUGAGUCAACCUGAUACAGACCCUGUCCUUAAAUCGUAGCUGUUAAGAUUUCAGCAAAUAAUUCCGAGGCAUUACCUCCAGUGAUAGAAUCAAGCCCGAUAUUGAGCUUGAACGGUUCAGUCUUGAGCGAACCCAAAACUUUCACAAGCUGUGGAUCAUGAUGAUCGAAGAUAGAAAAAGCACCAUUAGAUUUUGAAUAAUCAUGAUGUUUAGGAUUAGCCUCUGUCAGGAUUUAAGAGAUGAUAACAUUGAAGACUACGAUUGUAAGUCAAUCGAUAUCAGCUCCAACGAUUACGUAGCAGCGACUCCAGGCCACGUUAGGAGUCUCCAUUUGGGUUAUGAGAUCUUAUAUUGAUAUAUUCCAAAAGAACUGUAGGUUAAUAAUAUGAUAUGAAGAAUUUGGAGCUGGACGAGGUAUCAUAAAAUGAAUUAGAUAUCUUAAUAUGAAAAGAUGAUUUAUUUUGACCGAAAGUAUUUUGAUAGACUUUGCAAGGCAAAGAAACUGCUUUUCGUGUAAUCUUUAAGCCACACUUAAACAUGCGCCACAUUCUUAUCCCUUGUCCCAAGGCUGAAGAAUAGCCUCAUUAACUUUUUCUAUUUGCAGACCUCUACCCACAACUCACAGUCAUUCAUCACAAGAAUUCAACAUCCCUAAUUUUAUAUAUAAAUAUGCCACUCUUUACUCUUCCCAUAGCUGAUAUAUCACAAACAUCUGCCGCAACUCCUCAAGUCCACUUCGCACCUCUCUCUCUACGACCGCAAAAACGCAAAAGACGUGAGAGCGAUACCGAACCGAUUGACGAUUACAAUAAUGAUUAUACCGCGAAUACAAAUAGUAAUACAGGAAAGGGAAAAGAAGUAGAGAAUGGAGGUCCAUCGCAGCCUUCUGCUGAAAUUACAAAUCCAUUGAGUUUAACUCCUGCAGAGGUGAUGCAAUAUCGGUUAGCUGGUUUGGGACUCGAUAAAGAAUUACCAUCCAAAAUUGGAGUUAAACAUUGGCCUCAUAGAGGUUUACCGCCUACAUACUCUAUUAAUUCUGACGAUCACGAUUCUGCUACCAAUUCCCGUGCUAAUAAAGAGGAUGACUCGGAGGAAGAAUCUGCUAAAAGUCGAAGGGAAAGGGAAAGACGGAAGAGGGAUGAAAGAAAGACUGGGAGGUCGAAUUUGAGAAUUCAACAUUUAAGCGUGCUGGUUGCGAUUAUGAUGAGGAAUCUAGAAGAAGGUGAUAUGGAGAGGGCAGGACGAGCUUGGGCUUUACUUUUGAGGAUGCAGAUUGCGGGACAGGGAGUAGAAAUUAGAAAGACGGGGUACUGGGGAAUUGGGGCUGAGUUAUUGAUGAGAGGUGCAGUGAAUCAACAAAGAAAGGAAUGGUGGGAAGCAGAUGCAGAGGAAGCGAGUGGUGAUGAAGCGAAUAUUGAUAGUGACGGGGAACCAAAAGAAGACGGUAAAAAACAAAGAGCUGGUGAAGAAGGUGAAGAAAAGAGAUAUGGUACGGCUGAAGGACUCCUCAAAGUGAAAGAUUAUUAUGAACGUCUAAUUCUUCAAUAUCCUUACAAACGACAAUUUCAUGGUUCAGUCAAUGCUCUAGAUUUUUGGCCUGCGAUGCUUGGAUGCGAAAUUUAUGGCAUACAAUUUGAGCAUAAGGCUGGAUUGAGAAAGAUUGCCAAGCAAGCUGAAAAAGAUGAAGAAGGGGAUAUUAGGGAUAGUGAUAUCAGUGCCGAAGAGGAAGACAUAGACGAUGAAGAAGAAGGAGAUCCUGGGGAUAAAGCAUUCGCAGCUCAUCAACGACGCCAAGACCGACUUCAUAAGCGACGAAAAGAAAAACGCUGGGAAGAAAGAGAUGAAGUUCGACGAACAGCAUUAGUAGCCACAGAACUAGUAGCCCAAAGAAUGAACGAAUUAAUGACGACUCCUCCAUAUUCAGAUUCUCCAGUCCUAAUAAGACUAAGAGGAAUGGUAGCAUUAUACAUUGGAGAUCUAUGUGUACCAGAAAAAUGGGAUGGUGAUGAAGAAUGGUUGGCUAAAGUGAGAGGUGGAGCGAUAGAGGCAGAUAGAAGGUUUCUUGGACGACAAAGGGAUGCGGAGGUUAGAAGGGGUAAGGAGAAAAGGGAAGAUGAGAGGAGAAGGGCUAGGGCAUUGUUUGGAAAAAUUGGACUUGAGUGGGAUGAUGGGGAUGAAGGGAUGGAUUUGGAUAUGACAUUGGAGGGAUAUGAAGGAGAUGAAUAAUUUGUAAUGAUGUACUGUAUUGACAUUGGAUUUGGUAUAUUGGGCGAGGUAUAUCGUAUAUUGGGUGGGUAUAUAAAUCAUCGAGGAGUUCAGAAUAGCUAGGAGUUAGUGGAUAGAUACCCCAAUUGAGCAACAAGUUGCAUAACAUGUUUUUGUCAUUAGCUACUGCCUGUUUGUAUA